GCAAGAUCGCAGCAAAGACUUUCGCCCAGAGCAACCCAUCCCUAGCCUGCACGUACUCAGCCCGGCACUCCUGGGAUGGCCACCAUGGAAGAUCUCCUAGAGGGUGGCACCGCCACUGUGCCUCGUCAUGCCGCGCGUAGGCUCUGCGCCAGCUACCACCUUGUCGACAUGCCUCCUCCAUGCCGCACGCCAGUUGUGCACCGCUAGCCUCGUCGCCGUGCAUCCUCCUCUCCGGACCGCUGCCUCGCGGCCUCCACACAGCUCGCUGGCCUCGGAUGCAAGGUCACCAACGCAUCUCAUAGCCGCCACCCAGCGCGCUCCCCACCGGGCCGCCACCCAGCGCCACUCCCCACCGGGCCGCCACCACGCUGCCCAGGCGCAGCAAGUCGUGCCCGCCUCCCGCGCAUUCGUCAUCGUCGACUGCUGGUGCUAGGUGGCACAGAUCAGGCCUCAUGAGCGCCGGAUCCGCCCCCUAAAGCACCGGAUCUGGCGCCCCGAGCCCGCCGCCAUCUGCCCGGUGGCGUCGCCACAGGCUCCAUCUCCCACCGCCGCCACACCUGAGAGGGCCGCGCCACCGGCCUCCUACGACUAGUCGCAAACCGCGGCUCCUCCCCUGCAACCCCCGCCGCGCCUAGCCGCGGCGCCAGGACCAGCCCAGCAGCCGAGCGUCAAACCUCGCACGAGCUGGACGCUCGUAGCCCUCCAGGAAGGGAGCCUCGCCGCCGCCCUCCUCGGAGUCCGCGUGGACUUCCGGCGGCCCCCUCCGACAGCGGCGAGGUGGAGGAAGGAGGAGGAAGGGGCUGGAGGCGACGCUAGGUUUCGCCGCCGCCCGAGUCACUGGUGCGGGGGGCCGUGCGUACGACUAAAAAUAUUAUCAAUGUACAACUGCUCAUCUUGGUCAGAGGCAAAAAUAGGAGCCUAGGAGGGGAGUCGCAUCCUAUUUAAAUGCGCGCGCGCGCUCGUUCUUCUUCAUCCGAGGUCAAAUCAUCAACAGGGUGCGGAGGCGAGUUAGAGGAGAAGCUCAGCAAUGGCGAAGGUUUCUAAUACUUCCGUGGUUCUCCUAAUGAUGCUCAUCGCGGCAUGGAGGACGACGCCGGUGAUGUCCCAUGCCAAGCCGGAGCUGGAUUACGGGCCCGCGCCGACGAAGGAGAAGGCGGCGCCAGGCGCGGUUAGCAAGGGAGGCGCGGUAAGCGGCAACAACCAGGCAGCCGCCGACGCCGCGGUUCUGUUGAGGGCCAAGGAAGAGAUGGCGAAGCGCAUGGUGAAGCACAUCGAGAUCAUCAUCAACAGCGUGAAGCUCGUGGUCCAGCUGAAGGCGGCGCUGCUGAUCAAGUCGGCGGAGUUCAUGACCGCCAUGGCCGCCGAGGUCUCGAUGCACCUCACCCAGGUCGCCCAGGCGCACGCCCAGGCCGCCGCGAGCAACUGCGUGGCGGCGCUCAAGCUCCAGCAGGACAUCCUGAGGAAGGCCUCCGAGAGGUGCAAGGCCGUCUCCCAGGACGUCGCGAUGACGCACAGGGCGAGGCAGGAAGCCCUGAACGGCGUGGCACAGGACCUUGUCAAAGUUGCAGGAGACAUUGCCGCCAGCAUGAGGGCCAUGGCUGAGGCUGCAGCCGGAGUGGCCGGUGGGGUAGAGAUUGGCAUCCAUUUCCGUGCUGGCAUCAACGCUCACGCUGGUGCUAAAGCCAAUGCUGCCGCUGCUGCUGGGGCUCAGGUUAGCGGUGGGGCUGGAGGAGAAGCCCAGGUAAGCAAGAGUGCCAGCAUCAGUGCAGGCGGUAGCGGCGAUGCCGGUGCCGAUGCCAGUGCGGCGGCUGGUGGCGACGCGGCUGUUUCUGGAGAUGCAAGCAAGAGCGCCAGCACAGGAGGAUACACCGGCGGUGGUGCUGAUGCCGGCGCCAGAGUGGGUGGCGAUGCGGCUCUUUCUGGAGGCGCUAAGGUCGGCGGUGGCGUUGGAGGUAAAGCUGAUGCCGGUGCCGGAGUCGGUGGCGAUGCGGCUCUUUCUGGAGGCGCUAAGGUCGGCGGUGGCGUUGGAGGUAAAGCUGAUGCCGGUGCCGGAGUCGGUGGCGAUGCGGCUCUUUCUGGAGGCGCUAAGGUCGGCGGUGGCGUUGGAGGUAAAGCUGAUGCCGGCGUCGGCGCUGGUGUCUCGGGAGGUGCUAAAAUUGGUGGCGGUAUCUCCGCGGGUGCUAAGAUCGGUGCUGGAGUAGGAGGAAGCAUUGGUGCGGGUGGUAAAGCCGGCGCCGGUGCUGGUGCUGGAGCUGGAGCGGGCGCGGGCGUUGGCGGCGGCGCCGGCGCGAACAUUGGCGCUGGUGUUGGCAUUUCUGGAGGCGCUAAAGUUAGCGGUGGCAUUGGAGCAACCGUUGGAGCCAAAGCCGGUGCCGGUGCUGGUGCAGGUGGGAGUGUUGGUGGUGGUGCUGGAGGAAACGCCGGCGGAAGUGGCGGCGCCAGUGCUGGUGCUGGAAUUGGCGCGAAAGCUGGUGUCAGCGCAGGUAUCGGUGCUAAAGUUAGCGGGGGUGUUAGCGGUGGCGCGAGUGCUGGUGCUGGCAUCUCCAAGGGUGCUGCCGUCGGUGGCGGCGUUGGAGGCGGCGCUGGCGGGAGUGGCGCUGUUAGUGCCGGUGCUGCCGUGGGUGGUGGUGUCUCUGGAGGCGCCAAAGUUAGCGGUGGCGCCGGAGGAAGCGCAGGAGGGAGCGGCGAUGCCUAUGCUGGAGCAGGCGGCAGCGGCGGCGGCAGCGCGAGUGCUGGUGGUGGUGCUGCAGCGGGUGGAUCCGCCGAUGCUUCUGGUGGAGCCAAGGUUGGCGCGGACGCUGCAGCUAGCCAGUCGUCAGGAGGCGGAGGGGACUUCGGCUACGGUUCUUCGUCCAAGGAGCUCUAAACAAGAGAUGGCCACAGAAAGGAUAAUAAUAUCUUCACAAUAUGCUCGGUUUAAGAGCUUCUUCCUGCUUCUUUUUUUUUUUGUUAAUGCAUGAACUCCAAUGUCUAUCAGUUGUGUGGAGGCAACAUGGCUACUCCCCUACUAGACAUUACACUAACCUUAUUAUGUACACUAACGAAUAACAAUGCCAUGUAAAUGAGAAUUGCUGAGAUUGAUAUUUUUUCACGGCAAACAUAUCUAUGUAA